AUGCCACCUAAAAAAGAAAUCAAAUUCAAGGGAAAGAUCUUGUUUUUACAUGGCUAUACUCAAUCUUCCUCGAUUUUCUACGCUAAAACAUCUGCUUUAAGGAAGAAACUAUUGAAGCUAAACUACAAAUCUAUCUACUUAAAUGGGCCAACUAAGUUAACCCCGGCUGAUUUACCAUCGACUGACUCGCUCUCUAAGUUCAGUUCGGUUAUAUCAGAUGAUCAAGAGACCGACUAUAGAUCGUGGUGGAUAAAACCACACAAUACUAAUGAUGGUAUCGACCUAUCCGAACCUAUUACCGAAAUCAAAAACUAUAUAGAGAAGGGUGAAAUUAUACCAGAUAAUGAUUUAGUUCAAGAAACGGAGUCUGAAGAAGAAAAGCAACUUCCUAUAGUUGGUAUAAUUGGUUUUUCGCAGGGGGCUGCGUUUGCUGGUUUGAUAAGUCAUAAAUUUAAGGACUUAUUUGGUGUUGAUACUUUAAAAUUUGUGAUUUUAUACUCAGGGUUUAAAAUUGAUACAACCGAAAAGUCUGGUAAUACACAAUAUAAAGAUUAUUAUCCAGCCGAUAAUGGAGAGUCGGAUCAAUUUAAAAUACUUCAUGUUUAUGGAGAAUUAGACACAGUUGUGCAUGAAGACCGGGUACUUUCGUUGUAUGAAACAAGCAAGGCCAACUCGGAUAUUCUAAAGCAUCCAGGAGGUCAUUUUGUACCUAACUCGAAGUUAAUGGUGGAUCAAGCGACUAACUGGAUAGUUCAUACGAUAGAAAAUAAACAAGACAUUUCAAAACCUGAAGAUGAUUUAGAUUCACUCAUGGAUAUGAUAGAUGGUCUAGGAAAAGCUUAG